CCGAUCAAACCUCAUCGAUUUUUUUUUUCAAGUUCAAAAAAAUUGUGAAAUAUUUUCAAUCGAAAUAAAAUGGAAGUCGUAGUUAUUUUGUAUUGGAUACUUUGGGGUGUGAUUCCCGCAUUGGGUCAGCAGUUAACGGAUUGCGUUUAUAUAAACCAUCGCCAGGAUUCGGUGCAAUUAAUUUGUGACAAUUUCAACACCGGUUUCGACACAAGAGAUGAUUGUUUUUCGAAGAAAUUUCCGAUGGGUUGGGUGAGAUUACUUGAAGGUGACAGCAUAAAAGUUGGUGGUUACGGAUGUGGUAGCGACGUAUUAAAGUUUGUGAGUAAUUCGUGGCGUGAAUUUGAUAUAUCCACAAUUGGUAUUUCGGAACUUCCUACAGUUUGUAUUGAUGAUGUCGCCGGUCCAAAAUUACAAAAAAUGAAUGCAUCUCACAAUAAAAUCGCCGACAAUUCAAAACUAUCAUUUGCAAUGUGCCCCAAUUUGAAGGAGCUCGAUUUAUCAUACAAUAAGAUCAGUACAUUUAAUGCGAAAUUUCCAUCAGAUACACAAUUGGAAGCACUUCAUUUGGAAAACAAUCAAAUUAAAAAAAUCGAAUUCAACGUACCAUUCACACAACUUCGUUAUUUAAAUGUAUCCAACAAUCAACUGCAGGAGGUCUUCGAUCAACAUUUUGUAUUCACCAGUUUGGAGACACUGAUUUUGGACGUUCAAAAAGUCACCGAAUUUUUGUCGACAAACGCAAAAUACGUGGUUAAGGAAUUGGGAAAUGCAUUCGGCAGUUUAGCGACUGGCAUUCGGAAUCGCAUGACAGAUGUUCAAGAGAAAAUGUCUGUUAUGUACAAAAAUUUUGUUGGACAUUUUAUUCGCGCUGCUUCUUAUGAACCAUUGGAUGGAGAAAAAUUAGUAAAAAACUAACACA